GCACACAACAACAACACCCUUCACAGCCGCUGCGGGGAUGGGGAGCGAGACGCAUGACUUGGCUGUGGCCUUUGCCGUGACCACAGGGUCUGGCAUGGCCACGUUGCUGGGAGCCAUGGUUGUGUUCAUCCCUUCGUUCUACAAGCCGCACAUCCUGGGCGUCUGUCUUGCUUUGGCUGCAGGCGUCAUGCUUUACGUCUCCUUCAUAGAAAUCUUCUUCAAAGGAUUGACUGAGUUUGAGCUGUACUUUGACCAGGAGCGUGGCGUGAAUCGCAGCGCCAUCACAGUGGACGAUUACACGCCGCCUUCCGAGGCGUACUUUGCCACAACGGCCACUUUCUUCGGCGGGAUUGUCAUCACAUGGUUCCUGGAUCGCCUCAUCCACUACCUGUACGCCAACUAUGGCGAGGAAGCGCGGCAGAGGCGCCAGCAAGAGAAGCAGCAACAGCAGCAGAGGGGCAGGCAACAGGAAGUCUACGAGCUCAAGCAGGGACUUAUUGAGCGGCAAUACACAGAUGAGAGCUCGCUCGCCCCAGAGGGCGGCAUGCAUGCCCGCCGCUUGGAUGUGCUGGAGCGGCGAAUGGGGGACGCCCGCCAGGAUCUCCUCAACAUGCAGGCGCAGGCACACCACACCCGCGCCCUUGCACAGCCAGACGACAGCCCGCGGCGGCCGCUGCGGUCAUCGACCGAUGAUGGCGACGCCAGCGACGACUACGGGGCGCUGGAUGACGCCGGCAGCGGGUCUCGUGGCCGUGACAGCGGUGUGCUGCGGGGUGAGGAACAGCGGGCAGGUAGCGUGCUCUUGCAAAGCGGUGAUGGAAGCGACGGGCCUGACAGCGUGCAUGGCAGUGCUGAUGGUGCCGGUGGCGGCGAUGAUGAAAGCGCUGCUGGCGAUGGUGGGCACGGCCACGCCAACACGGGCAAGACUGGGAAGGAGCUGUUGGUGAUGGCGUUGAUUACAGGCACCGCCAUCGCUCUGCACAAUUUCCCCGAGGGCUUGGCAACCUUUGUUGCCACAGCAAAGGACCCAGCGGUGGGUGCGCCGAUUGCAAUUGCCAUCGCCAUCCACAACAUUCCCGAAGGCAUCUGCGUGGCCGUCCCCAUCUUCUUCGCAACCAAGAACAAGUGGCGCGCGUUCUUGUUUGGAACCCUGUCUGGUAUGGCUGAGCCCGUUGCGGGUGCUGUUGGAUGGGGUAUCUUUGCUGCCAGCGGCUCUGACUUUGACAGCCUCAUCUACGCCUUCCUCUUCUCCCUCGUCUCCGGCAUGAUGGUGUACAUCUCAUUACGGGAGCUGCUGCCGACUGCGCGGAGCUACGACCCGCGCGACAACUACGUUACCCUCUGCACCUUCCUUGGCAUGACCGUCAUGGCCGCCUCCCUCAUGCUCUUCCAGGCGUGAUGCUGUGGCCUGUGGAUGAUGUCAUGACAAGUGUUAUUGUGGUGUGAGAGAAGGCAAGGUCAGCCGCACACUCGCCCCAUCUUGCCACUGUUCAAACUGCGCACUUUGUUGCAGUUUUGUGUGCGAAACGUAAACGAUCGUCCAUAUCCAC